AUGUUUAUGCUGGACUGCUCGUUAAAGGACAAAUACUCGAAGAACUUUGAGGUUGGAAACUAUUCGCCUGCCCGGUGGGAGGCAAACGAGCCAUUCGUCUCCUACGUCGAACGCUCUAUUCCAAUUAGACCAGGGCAGUUCGAUGCAAACCGGCACAAAAAGGUCCUCAGGGCGUGGAAGCUGAAGAAGAGAUAUCAACUCCAGUUUCGACCGACAGACAACAUUAUGGAGCACCUAUUGUAUGAUCCCUUGACAAGAACUGUGCACGUCUUCCAUCACACAGGAUAUCUCAAAGCUCAUCUCAGACGGUCAAAAGACCAACCUAUCGAUCAACAAGCGUCAGAGAGCCUGAAGCUAGGCACGCUCCCUCCCCAAUUACUCCUCGAGACUCUCCACACAAUCCACUUCCUCCUCUUCCCUCUAUCGAACGAUCCGCGCGGACGAUCAAGCCGAUUCCUUGCCAGCCUAAUCCGCAAGCAGAACUUUGAUCCCGAUGCACAAUGGGAUGAAGGAUAUAUAAGAGAUGAUGUUCCUCCAAACUUCAGCUAUCGAUACUGGAACGCUCGCCUAGAACAACUCUACAACAUCGUGAAAAAUCCUCCCCCAAGAAACAGACUCAUCUCGUGGGUGGAACGUCACACCUCGGAAAGAAAUGCUUUGACGGUCGCGAUCCUCGGCUUAUUCCUAAGCGCGCUUUUCGGAUUCCUGGCUUGUGUUAUUGGUGUCGCCCAGCUGAUUGUUUCCAUCUUUGCUUGGAAGCAGCCGAGGCAGCCAUCCUGA